AUGCCCAUUGCUGAACUCGAUCGGGCCGCAGCCCAUGCAAUAGGCUCGGCUUCUGCCAUUUCUGAUCCUUGCUCUGUGGUCAGGGAACUCAUUGACAAUGCAUUGGAUGCGAAUGCUACGAUAAUCUCCGUCGAAUUGUCUGCUAACCUCCUUGAUACUAUCCACGUCAAGGACAACGGCUUGGGCAUACCGCCUGAAGAUCGAGAGCUUAUAUGCAGGCAAAAUUGUACCAGCAAAAUCAAGACCCUUGAUGAUUUGAAGCAUGUGGGCGGUAAGUUGUUAGGUUUUAGGGGGCAGGCUCUGGCAAGUACAACGCAAAUGAGCGAGUCUACGGUUAUAAUUACGAGAAUUACGGCUGAAACAACUGCCUCGAUCCUCGAAUUCGGCCGUGCCGGCGAUAUUUUGAGCAAAGGAAUGGUUGCGCAUCCGGUUGGAACAUCAGUCCGGGUGUCCGGUUUCCUGAAGUAUCUGCCUGUUCGGAGGCAGAUGGUCUUAAAGUCUUCAUCGAAGAUUGUCUCACGAAUAAAAAAGGCCCUCCAAAACUAUGCGCUAUCUCGACCGUGGGUCAGGCUCUCUCUUAAGAUUUCGAGGCAAAAGAGGGGAUUUGCAUGGAUAUAUGCUCCGAAGCAAAGCCCAUCCGUGGCCGAUGCUAUUUCUAAAAUCAUCGGCGCGGAAGUGGCUGCCCACCGUCUAGGACAAUCGUUAACUCACAAUGACCCUAAUCCUGAGAAUAGUGAUGAGGGCAAAUCGACUGCUCAGGUCCAUGCCGUGAUUCCAAAAUUGGACGCUGAUAUAUCCAAACUGGAAAACAAAGGUCAAUUCAUAUUUGUUGAUGGCCGGCCGUUGUCCACGUCAAAAGGCAUAGCGAAAGAUUUAGUCAAGAUCUAUAAAUCAUAUAUUAAUCGUACCUUUGGGCGUCCAUCCACACCAGCAAUUACGGACCCUUUUGUGUACCUAUACCUCUCCUGCCCUCCAGGAAUCUAUGAUGUUAAUGUGGACCCAUCGAAAGACGACGUGUUGUUUGCGGACUCCAGAUCAAUUCUAUGCCUUGCAGAGGAUCUGUUUGGAAAAAUGUACGGCAACGAGCAACUGGGUGAUGAGAGGCAAAGCGAGACAUAUCACGGCAGCCAUCAGCAAGAAGAAAUGUUUCGCGGCACCACGUUGAAUCCGUGGACGCUAGCAAGGCGAACCUCUACCCAGAGACACCGAGAUCCCAACUCUCACUUGCUAACUCCUUCCCGAAGUCCACAGUCACUCAUCGACAAUGUCUCUGUUCCUCAAAAUGGGCGUAGGUCUGCAAACAGAACUCCGCACUUAGCAAUCUCUCCUGGAGCAAUUGACAAUGUUGAAGUGUCCCCGAUCCAAACGAGGACAUUAAAGAUCAAAUCGUACCGUAAAAGGAUGCAUCGAGGAUCUCGCAAACCGGAAGGGGAAUGUGGUGUUUCGAUACACAAGCAUGCCAUUAAUCGGGCCCAAAGUGACUUUGGAACAUCCCCCGACGAAGCCCCUAACUCCGUUGCAACCUCGCAACACUUGGAAAAUGAAGCCCUCCAAAUUGCACUAUCUGAACGAUUUGGGAAACGGACUCCUGGAUUGAACAUUGGUUCUCUAGUGUCUCCUGCUGUAACAGAGAGGGGCGGGACAAUCCCAUUUCCGGUGAAAACAAACAUUCAAAAUGGAACAUUGCCUGGUACUUUGAGACCAACCCAUUCACACCCGGAAUUUUUAUAUUCUGAAUGCCAUAAGAAACUUGCUGUUCAUCCCCAAUGCAUGGUAGAGCAAGAGAUGCAUCAGUCUAAAAGCAAGAUUGAUUCUCUGAAUGCGCCUUACCCCACUGGGAGCGCUACAUUUAUCAUGUCACCAAAGGCACAAUCAGUUGUUGCAAAAGACUCUGCCAUGCUCAUUAGAAAAGCUACUAAACUUCCAUUCAACACCCCUCAAGCGCAUAGCCAGACUAUCCAAUACCAGAACCAGAGACAGAUCCGGGAUGAGAGGAUGCCUGGCCAAGAAGAAACGCUGAAAGUUUCAACCAUUCACCACCUUGCAACUUCUCAGGUUGGUACCACUGCUGAGGUCGAAUUGUUAAAUCGCCAACUAUGUGGAAUAGAUUCUUAUAUUCAAACGGGCAAUAUCAGCCCGGCAUUGGUUGAACCUUGCCCGGCUAGCACCAUCGAGCAGUGGAGGGCUACAAUAUUGGACUUUAUCACUGGUCAAUUUCGCUCUGAAUCGACCGACGUUUGCACCCGCCUUUACCUCGACUCCAAGUCUUUAUUCCCAACCGUGUAA